AUGUCGUUGAAACUGGCCCAACGCCUAGUUGUGCGUAACGCGGCGGCACAGAAGGCACUGUUUUCCAGUGCGUCGGCUGCUCGCGGUGUGUUCACGCCCCCCACGCAGGUGAUGCCCGAGGGUCUGGUUGAUCUUCGCACCCUGCCCCGCGAGGAGCCGGAGGUCAAGAGUGUUCCCUACGAGAACCCUGCCGAUAGAUACAAAGAGGUCAGCGAGGAGCUGCACAAGUACGGGCGCUACAUUACCGCUGUUCUGCCCAAGUACAUCCAGCAGUUCACCGUGUGGAAGGACGAGCUGACGGUGUGCAUAGCCCCGGCCGGUCUGCCUGUUGUGAUGCAGUUCUUGCGCGACCACACGGCUGCCCAGUUCAAGUCUGCCGUCGACGUCACCGCCGUCGACUAUCCCUCCCGCCAGAACCGGUUCGAGGUCGUUUACAACCUGCUCAGCUACCGUCACAACUCUCGUAUCCGCGUCAAGACCUACGCCAGCGAGACCAGCUCGGUCCCGUCUAUGGCCCGCAUGUUUGAGGGCAUCAACUGGUCCGAGCGUGAGGUCUACGACAUGUUUGGUGUCUUCUUCGAGGGCCACCCCGAUCUCAGACGUAUCAUGACCGACUACGGUUUCGAGGGCCAUCCUUUCCGCAAGGACUUCCCCAUCCAGGGCUACACCGAGCUCCGCUACGACGAGGAAAAGAAACGCAUUGUUUACGAGCCGGUCGAGAUGACCCAGGCCUUCCGCAACUUUGCCGGCGGCUCUUCGGUUUGGGAGCCCGUCGGCCCCGGCCGCGACGACCGCCCGGACUCGUUCAAGCUGCCAGUGCCCGAGCCCGAAGAGGAGCCUGACGCUGCUGCUAAAAAAUAG